AUGCUUUUCAACACCCAAGGCGCCCUCGUGGUGUCUAGUCUGCUACUGGCAGCCACCCCUGCAGUUGCAAAAGACUUCAAGGUGCUUCCCCGUGGGUCACCAUUAGGCACACUCAAGGGCUGCUACUCGAGCGUUCCUGGAUACGGAAAGUCAACGAGCUGGACAUACCAGAGUUCCGGAUGGUGUCUGGACCACUGUGCCAAGGACUACGCGACAUUUGCUUUGACAGGAGGCUCUGACUGUGUGUGCGGUAAUACGAUGCCACCAGACAGUGCCAAGGUUUCAAGCGAUAAAUGCAGCACGUCGUGCAGUGGUUGGCCCGAUGAUAUGUGCGGUGGUUCCAGCUACUACUCUGUCUACACCACAAAUUUGGAAGACGAUGUGCCCACGUACUCUGACUCCUCUGACUCUAAAUCCACAACCACAACCAAAAGCAGUAGCGAUAGCAAAACUACGACGGAAGCUGACGGAACCACCUCAACUACCUCCACCACUGCCGGUGAAACAACAGAGACCGCGACAUCUGAGCCCACCGAAAGCAGUGUCUUUGACAAUAUGGAUGAAAAGUCCACGCAGAGCAAGAACACUGCCGCAAUUGCGGCCGGAGUCGUCGUCGGAGUGGUAGGAUUUGCUGCUCUCUGCGGUGCUAUAUUCUUCUGGUGGCGAUCCAAGCAGAACAAGACUAAUGCUGCGGCCGGUGGCACUGGCGGCUAUAGCCGUGACUCUGGCCCGCCCUCGAUGUCCGAUUCUCGGUUCGAUGGCUCCUACAUGGCUCACCGCCGCCAAAGCAAUGGCAGCAUCGAUGAUGACCAUGACUUCUCUCGCCGGAUCUUGCAGGUGACGAAUCCCGAUCGCUAA